AUGGGAGAAAAAAAAGAAGAUGUAUCUGAUAAAGAUAGUGUAAAAAGUCGCUCAAGAUCAGUGUCCCGCAGUUCAAGAUCAGUAUCAAGAACAUCCAGAUCAACAAGUACCACUUCUUCACGUAGUCAUAGUUCUUCUUCCAGAUCAAGUGACUCAUCCCGUUCCUCUUCGGGAAGAUCAUCCUCCAGAAGUUCUGGAAGAUCAGUUAGCCGUUCAGGAUCUUCUUCAGGAGGUCGUACAGCUUCAAGGAACAGGAAAAGGAGUUACAGUAGAUCAAGAAGUCGAUCUCCCAGACGUAGCAGUGAUAGACAUCGUUACGGUAGUAGAAAAUAUUCUCCCAGAAGAAGAUCUCCAGAUCGCCGAAGACGUAGUCGUUCACGUAGUUACACAAGAAAAAAUAAAAACAAACGACUUGUUAUUCGGGAUCUAACACAAAAUGUUACAAAAGAACAUGUUAAAGAGAUUUUUGAAAAUUAUGGAACAAUUACACAUAUUGAUAUGGUUCCAUUAAAAAGAUAUGAAGGAAGUAUGCACAGAGGUUAUUGUUUUAUUGAAUAUGAUGAUCCAGAGGAUGCUUUAAAAGCAGUAAAAUAUAUGAACGAUGGUUGGUUAGAUGGUAGAAGAAUUCGUGUUGAUUUAUCAGUUCCACGAAAUGCAUCGAAAAGAUUUAACUCGCCCCCUAGAAGAAGAUACUCAUCACCAAGAAGAGAUUUUGGAAGAAGAAGAUACAGUCGAUCUCCUAGAUAG